AUGGACGCACAAACUAGGCCUACUCUGACACGUGUGCAUUAAAUCAAUAGGGGAGUGAGGGUUCACUGCUUGUUCCAAGGUGUGCGUUACACCGCCGGAAGUGAUGUAGGCUGGAUUAAACUGCGCAGGAGCAUCCCGGUGUUGUGUGGUCCGCGGAGAGAAGUUGGUGUCGGGGGACGUUUGCUUGUGCAAUGUUUGCAGGUCGGGGCUGGUGCUUCAAGCAUUACCUGCUCAGGGAGUUUACUGCGCUUCACGGAUGCCUUUCGCCGUGCACACUCACUGUAGAGACAUGUAGAACGAUAUGCAAUCCUAUUUCAAGUGUUUUGCAAACUGUCUCCAGACGGGUUUGGUGGCCCUCCAUUCGGCUCUAAUUGGAAGCACUACUAGAGGGAUUAUGUCAACUGUGGUGUUUUGUAGAGAGACUAGAAUGAACAUGUGUCUUGAAGAAUAAUGAAGGCGAUCAGUCAAAGUAACGUUACAGAGAGAAGUUUAUAGCAGCCAAGCACGAUGGAUAAUCGACGGAAAAAGAAGCUGACAUUCUUCACCAUUGGGCUUAUAUUUCUUCUAAGCGGUGUGGAAUAUGCUGUAAUAUUGCCUACAAUAUGGAGGUACUUGCAGACUUUAGAUGCAGCACCUUACUUUCUGGGUUUGGCCUUGUCAGCAUUCAGCUUGAGUGGCCUCGUGUCAGGACCGCUGUUUGGCCACUGGUCUGACAGAACAGGGGCCACCAAGAAGAUCAUCUUGUUUGCCAACCUUUUUGAGAUUGUUGGUAAUUUAAUGUACUUUAUGGGCUUCUCCAAGUGGCUCUUACUGUCCAGCAGACUGGUGGCAGGCCUCGGCACAGGUGCCGGCUCAUCUAUCUUUGGCUUCUUGACCAGAAGCACUGCCCCAGAGGACCGCGCCACUGUAUUUGCUGCUGUCAUGGCAUGUCGACAAGCUGGCCUUCUGAUUGGUCCAGCAUUUAACAUCUUCCUGAGGCUGUGUGAUUUCCACCUGGGUCCUUUUGUGAUCAAUAAAUAUACUGCGCCGGGGUUGUUCAUGUGCCUGCUGUGGGUUCUCCUUCAACUGGCAGUGAUCUUCAUGUACUGGGACCUGCCUCCUCUAGAGAGGGGGAAGGCCAAGGAGAGUUCCACAAGCCAGAGCAUGGAAGAGGAGAACGAGCAAGGGCUCGUAGAAGAGGACAAUGACGAGGAAAAGCCGCUAAUGGUGUCCCAGGAGCUGGUGGGGUCCUACGGCUCAGUGGCGUCAUCUAACCCACCCAAAUGCCCCACCCCUGCUGCCUCAAAUGCCACGCUGAAUCAUGUCUCUCCACCUUCCUCUCCCGUGCCAUCAGAGUCCCAUGAGUCUUCCAGCCCCUUUAAGAAUUUCAGCAUAUCUCGAGAGUUCCUGAGAGAAGAGGUGGUCGUGCUGCUUGCUGCUCAGUUCAUCACCCUCUUCAAUCAGACAGCGCUGGAGACCAUGGUGACCCCACUCACACAGAAGUACUUCAGCUACGGGGAGCUGGAGAACAGUGUGAUGUACUGCCUCUGCGGUGUGGAGGUGAUCGCUGGCUUCCUGUUUGUGCGCUGGCUGAGCCGGUGUGUUGCUGAGCGGGUGGUCCUGGCUAUCGGUCUGACCAUCUGCAACAUCUCCGGUGUCUGGUGCCUCAUCUUCCUGGCUAAGCCGCUAGGUGGUUUCCCAUGGCAGCUGACUGAGUUCAUCAUUGGAGUGUUUCUGCAGGUUUUGGGUUUGCCAUUUGUAGCUGUGGCUCAGGUUUCCCUCUUCUCCAAAGUUACUGCUGAGAGAACACAAGGCUUCAGUCAGGGAGUGCGUCGCUCAGUGGGAGGUCUAGCUACCAUCCUGGGCCCUCUGUGGGCUGGUGGUCUUACCGAGAACAUGUAUAUCAUGUUGGGGGUGAUGAUGGCUCUGCUGGCACUGCUAACGAUGAUGCUGGCUUUCUCAUAUGACCGGAUGGUUGCACCUGCUACAGAGGAGAAAGUGGACGACUCGGACAACUGUGGAUAAUCCAGCAGAUGGUCGAUGCGAUAAAAGUGGAAAUGGAAGUGCACAGAGGGAGAUUCCCUGAUCUGCAUCCGACAGUCCCUCCACAGUUUCGCUUUCUGCAUUGGGACCAGCGUGCAGGGUGAUAACACACACCACCAGCACACACCUCACCACCUCCUGAGUGCUCACCUAAAGCUUGGACUUGUCAGCAUUGUGUGCAGAGUCAGAUAUGUUGUAUAUAUGUAUAUUUCCCAUGGAAAUAUAGAAUCCUGCUGACACUGCAUGUGCAAGCUUUGGAUGAAAAUCCUUUCGGUCCUUUUGUGUUCUGCACUGAGUACCAGCUACACUAGGUGCACCACACAUUCUGCCCGUGUUUUAGCACGUGAUAUAACACAGAUCGUUCAAUUAAUGAACAUGCAAAAUGGUUGUGGAUUUAGCUGACCUACGGUAUGUCCUUGUGCGAAUACAUUAGCUGUUCAGCCUUGAUACUUAAUACCUCAUCUUCUGAAAAACAGGUAUUCAAAAUAUUUAUCAGCUCACUGAAGAGAACCAGAUUGGUGAAUUUCCCAAAAGCAAUGUUUUUAUCUGUAAGGAGUUUCUCUGGAAUGAUAGAAAACCAGGCUUUAUUGUCCUCUUCUGUACAAAUAAAAUUUUGCUUUGCUGAUACAUCAGAAGGAUUUUGACCCUGAUGAAAUAUCAUUUCAAUCCACCUCUUCAUUCACAUCCAUUUCAUCCACGUCUAAUAUAAUGAAAGUUUCUCCUUGAACACAGCGAAAUAUUUGCAAAAACUGUUUUAUUUUCUUUGAAAGUUGUAUUUAUUCAUUCAAAUGUUGAAUUAUGUGCUUUGUGAAUUAAUACUUUUAGAGUGGCCUCUACCAUCGAAACAAUUUGCUGGGUCACUGUCUAAAGGAACUACUAACACUAACACAAAAGAAUUAAAUUAAUGUGGGUUUUAACUGUAACUGUAACACACAAGUGUUUGUCAUCCCAUGGUGAUGAAAAUGCUGUUUCCAAGGCAUUUAAAACCUCACACUAAUAAAUUCUCAAGGAAACACUAAAUACUAGUUUUUGGUAUGAAAAUGGUCACAUUAGUAGAUAUUACAUUUUGGCUCUGUAUCAUCUAUCAGUAAAUUAAUUCUAAAAAUAUUGGAAUUGAUUAAAAAAAAUCUAUGAAUCUUCCUGGCGUAAAGGCUGGUAAAGGAAAAAAAAAGUUUCCUGCUUUAAAAAAAGCUGAGUAGUACAAAUUUCUAAUUGUUUGAUGCUGAUGUCGUGCAUAUUUUCAACACUGGUGGGCGCUCUUAGUCUUUCUACCAAAGUAUAUCCUCGUCAUUACUGCCGAGCCUAACGUUUGGUGUGUGAUCUCAGUGCGCUUGACCUUAUAGAGUUAUCUGACUGACUAUUACAGAUACACAUUUAGGGAAAAACUGCUUAAAAUCAGUCUUGUAGUUGUUUUAGGUGGCAGUACAGAAAACACACCAAUCUGUCAAAGAGCAGUUUUUUCCAAAAGCUUUAGAUUAUGUUUUGUACCUUUUUGAUAAUUUUUUCAGGUUUUAUACUCACAAACACCAAAAAUACAUUAUAAAAUGAACUAUGAGACUAUUUAUUUCUUAUUUAUUAUGUAUUUAUUUAUUGGAUCAUUUGUGGGCACCUAACAUAUACACUAACUUUUUUGUAUUCUCUGUCUCUAUACAGAAAAGAUAAACUUCCACCAUACUCCA